AUGCGUUCUAACAACCUUCUGCUGCUCGCCAGCUUGGCGAGCUACGCUUUCGCUCUCCCCGCCGACCUGGACCGCCGCACCGGUCUCGUGUCCGAGUUGGUCAGCGACGUGACUGGUAUUGUCGAUCUGCUCCUCGGUGGUGGUACGAGCCCUGCCACCCUUCUGAGCGGCAUCAGCGCUCAGGCAGCCGCCGCUCUGGAGGGUGGUGCGCUGGGAUGCAAGGCCGGCUCUGUCCGUUCCAGCGCCCGUCAGGAACUGGCUCAGUGGCUCCACUCCAACUCGGGUGUUUUCCACGUCUCCGUGGUGAAGUCGAUCCUGGGUUGGUGUGAUGGCGGUGACGAGUCCGUCCUGCCUGUCGAUGUCACCUCUGUCCUGUCUAUGCUCGUCCCCACCUGUGCGGACAAGGCGGCUCAGGGCGAGCUUGUUGUGACCCUGGAUGGUAUUUUCGAUGCUGCUGAAUUCGUGACCGACAUUGUCCUUUCUGCUACUGCUCAAUCUUCCCUUACUUCUUUCCUUCAGGGAACCGUUGGCUCCCUGCUCGACUCCAAGAUCAAGGCUGGUCUUAGCCUCUGUGCCAGCGGUGGUGUCGCUUCUGAUCUCGCCGCAGAGGUCCGGGUUUCUCUGCUUCAGUGGCUCAAUGGCAGCGACUGCUCUCUGGCUGCCUCCCUGAAGAUCUCUGUGCUUGCUUGGCUGCACGGCAAGGCUGAGGGUGAUGCUAUUUCUCUCAGCUCUCUGCCCACCGGCGGUCUGUCCGUCAUCUCCGCCGGUGCCGCCAUCGAGAGCCUGGUUAGCGAGGCUGGUGUUCUGGUCGAGUCUGCCCAGAUGACCCUUGCUGCCAUCCUCAAGACUGAUGUCCUGGCUGAUGUCGAGGAGGUCAUCGUCUCUGCCCUCACUUCCUGCUCCAAGGGUGCCCACGCCUCCGCCCUCACUGUUGAGGUCCGCACUGCCCUGGCCAAGUGGCUCGCUUCCUCCAGCUGCCGCCUUGGUGCUGAACACAAGUCUCUGCUCCUGCUGUGGCUCUCUUUCGGUAUCACCAGCGAGUCGAUCUCCAUCAACAUUUCCACCGAUCUCAUCUCCGACCUGACCAGCUUCAUCACCGGCACUGUGGACUCCCUCCUUGGUACUCACCUCAGCGGCAUUCUCUCUCUGCUCACCUCUGGCGAGAGCCUGAUUUACAAAGACAGCAGCACUCCCUGCGACACUAUCACUUCCGAGACUGUUGUGCCCAUUGCUACUAGCACCGGAGAUGUCGAGCCCACUGGCACUCCCAGCGUUCCCGUCGUGCCUACCCCUGCCACCUCCGUCCCCGAGGCUAGCAGCACUCCCUGCGACACUAUCACCUCCGAGACCGUUGUGCCCAUUGCUACUAGCACUGGAGAUGUCGAGCCCACUGGCGCUCCCAGCGUCCCUAUUGUGUCUACGCCCAGCGCUCCUGCCCCCGAGGCCAGCAGCACUCCCUGCGACACCAUCACCUCGGAGACCCGCGUCCCCGUUGCUACCUACACCGAGGCGCCCGCGACCACCCCCGCUCCCUCGAUGACCACCAAGCCUCGCCCGGUUGUGACCAUGACCACUACCGUCAGCGUCGCUGUCUGCCCGCCCUCCUAA